GGCAAACGCCACACGGAUUUACAGCCGGAUUAGUCCUGAUCAGAAUGUGGAUGUGAGCCAAUGAAGGGGUAUAUAAAAACAUGCCACAGAAAAAGCCGAUGCACCUUCUCUUCUUGUUAGAGUACUCCAUAUUCUUUGCGGGGUGUAAAGUUUUGAGACUCCAAGGCUCGAAAUGAGGAGAAAAAUGAUAGCAAACUCUCCGCAGACGUGUGCAUUCUAACACUCAACUACGAUAGACUGCUCAUUCAAUACUGCCGAUUUCUUACAGAGUAAUUUUAGAUCUAAGAGCCGCUACUCAUUUCCUCUUCUGAAUGUCAAUAGCAAUUAUGUCUUGGACAAUGGGCACUCAAUUACUUCUAUUAGUUUUGUUGAUUACAGUUAUCAUACUCUCACGGCUUCUUUUUCAGACAUUCUUCCAAAACAAGGACGAAGUUGAUGUAUGGACCAAAGUUGAACCCAUUGGUGUCUCAUCCGGCGGCAUUUUCUCAUGGACUCGUGCUGUAAUCGGAUCCGCAUUCUCCUAUCAGCAGAACACGCAAGAUGGGUACGACAAGUUUUGCAAAGCUCAAAAUCGGCCAUUCAUUCUCCCUACUAUGUGGACAGGAGGCUCUGUAGUUGUGCUUCCACCAUCGUUACUACAUCUAACCCAGAAGGUCUAUCCUUCGAUGGCUCGCCAUCAAGCCAAAAUGGAUCACCUCCAGCUACCUUAUAUGAUUUCCGACCGCGAUGUGAUAGACAAUCUCAUCCAAUUUGAUAUUGCUCGCAAGAAGCUUAGACAAGCAGAAGUAGUCAGCUCCCUCGCCGCCAUAACAGAAGAAGAAAUUGAUGUAGCAUUCCGCAAAUAUUGGGGAACCUCUGAAACGUGGACGAGCAUAAAUGCUUGGGACAAUUGCACACGAGUUAUCACGCAGGCCGGAUUCCGCAUUCUCAUCGGAUUACCUCUUUGCCGUGAUGAAUCCUUGUUGGAGAAUGCAAGGAUGUAUGCGAAUUAUCUCUUUAAAGGAACAUCUAUCAUCAACUGUCUGCCCCCCUUUUCCAGGCCAGUGCUAGCGAGAAUCAUAUCAUGGCCAUCAAAGUACUACCAGGCACGUUGCCGAAGAAUACUUAGGCCGUUGAUCGAGCAGAGGAUCCGUGGAUUCAAGGAUCACAAGGCAGGGUCCGAAAAACCGGAUGAUUUUCUCCAAUGGUUAAUUGAACAUUGCAGUAAAUUAGAUGCAAAAGAAAUGGAACCCGACAAGAUUUCUGACCGAAUUCUCGUCUUGUGCAUUGCAUUUGUCUUUGCAAUGGGUUACAUUUUCUGUAGUUCUGUGCUUGAUCUCUACAAGAGUCCAGAGAAGACCUCAUUUGUCGCUGGAUUGGUUGCGGAAUGCAAAUGUGUAUCCGCAGAACAUGGAGGCUUGUCGACAAAACAAGCAGUUGACAGCCUAUUUCGUGUCGAUUCCGCGUUACGCGAGUCCAUGCGCGUUUCUGAUGUUGGGGCCACCAGCAUUCCAAUAGAUGUCGUCUCAGGCAAAGUCGACCUCGGUAACGGAAUUCAGAUCCCUUCAGGCAUGCGAAUGGUUUUUGCUACACAGCCAAUGCACCUCGAUCCCGACUCCUACCCAAAUCCUCUGCGAUAUGACGCUUUCCGCUUCUCGCGAAAGUAUGAGGAAAUAGAGAAAUGCGAGCAAGAGCUUGGCGAGCGAGAACUUUGCACCACUAUCACCGAAUCCUUCCUGCCCUUUGGAUAUGGGAAAUUUCAAUGCCCUGGACGCUGGUUCGCUACCCAGACAAUCAAGCAAGCUCUUGCUUAUGUUGCCAUGAACUAUGAUAUUGAGUUUGAUGGCAGGCAGUAUAAGAGACAAGCUUUGCUGAACAUGAUGCUACCGCCUGAAUAUGUGGAAAUGAGUGUUCGUCGUCGAAGGGCAUGAGUUUGGCGUAAGAGCUUCGAGAAAGUGUUAUCUGGUGAUAGUUAUAAAUUCCCGUAGGAAGUAACUUGAACAAUAAUGAUUUGUUCCUUUCA